GCACUUUUGGAGUGAAUCGUACAAGACCUGGAUUGAAAUUGAAAAAUAAGUCGUCUAAAUGUUGCAAUUGCUCGUCUUCAUUUCGCGUGGUUUUGCGUUAUAGGUGUACAUGCAGAAUGACCCAUGGUAUAGACGACUAACAGUUGAAGAGAAAGAAAAUGUGGAACCACUUCUUCAGCAAUCCCACUCAUCCGAUGAAAUAAUAAUGCAUGUUAAGGAGAAGUACCACAAGGAUAUAACUCGCAUUGACGUUAAAAAUAUGAAAGCCGCAGUUACUAAAGGUAACGUUGACGUACUUGUUACAUACUUAAGGUAUUUCGAGUCGUCGUGACAUUUUUGAAUUCCUAAAAUCCCGUGGGAAGUUAAUGGAGUAUUAUUCCGAUGAACCGAUCAGGAAUUCACUAACAAGAAUUUGUUUUGCAACUUAUGAGCAAAUGGAAUUGUAUAAACAGUUCCCUGAAGUUGUUGGUAUCGACUCGACGUAUAAUACAAAUAAGGGGAAGUAUUCUUUGUUCCAAUUACUUGUGACGGAUAAUUUUGGUCGUGGACGACCAGUUUUAUUUGCGUGGACUAGAAAAGAAUUCAAACGAGAUGUAGUUUGGAUAUUAGACUGUUUUCGUCAAAUAAUGGAAGACACCUCCAAAACAGAAUCUUUCAUUAUGGAUUGUGCGCAAGCUGAAAUAGCAGCCGUCAAGUUAACGCACAGACAAGCGCACAUUGUUUUGUGUUCUUUCCAUGUUUGCCGAGCAUUCUGUCGUAAAUUAACCAUGUGAUGCAUAAUUGUAAACAAUGGACGUGGUCACGCAACUUGUUCGCAUCUCAAAGUACGUCAGCAGUUAUCCCUCGAAAUCAAGUGACAUAUUCAAUACCAAAAAUAGGAUUAUCAUUGCGGGUAUGAAGAGAAUUAAUGACAAAUUUGGAGAAGUGUUUGCCAAUACUUAUGCAGACGGAGUAAUCGCAGGAAUCAAUCGUGUUCUUAAUAUGUAAAUAAACUAAAUUUGUAUCAUAAUGAAAAUAAAAUUUUCAUGUAA